UCCAAAUGUCUAGCCUAAAUCUGAAUGAUUAAAUUGGGUUAAAUUAAAAUAAUUCCUUAUUCCUCUGGGAGAUUAUGUAUUCAUCCCUUGAUAUGAAAGGCUUACUUCACUCAUCGAAGUUAAUAUGAUUUUAAAACCUUUUUAGAGAUUUGAUUUGGCAUUCCUCCAUUUUCUGUUUUUCUGUGAUCAUUUCCUGUGAUCUCAUGUCUCCGGAGACCACUUCAAGAUCAACGCAAGAAAAUGCCGUAAAGCUUUUUUAUUAUGUAAAAGGAUUUGGUUGAUUGACUUGACAUUUUGACGGCCUGUAUUUCCUUUGAUUAAAUAUUGUAUUUCAUUUUUUAUGAAACACUGACUUUUUCUUGUGCUGCUGUUGCAUUACAAGCCCUUGUCAGAAAAGAGAAGUUGAAAGAAGACAGGUCAAACUGAGCUUAGAGUACUGUAGGGUGAAGUUGCCCCUAGACGCUGAUCUCGGGUAAGUUUUUAGCAUUUUCCCCACUAAUGGUUAAGGUUAAGAUAAGGGGAUGGGAAGCUGAUCCUACAUCUGUACCUAGGUUAAACUUCACCCUGGAGCGAGGUUCAAAGCUAAAAACCAUAAGGAUGGGGAAAAAUAAACUGGAUGGUCUAUGUGCUUUUGUAUUCAACUUCCAUUCUUCUUAUCGUGUCUCAUUUUAUAUUGCUGUUGGUGUUUCUGGAUGACUUUUGGCUGGUAUUGAAGUGUGCGGUGUGUUUGGUUGACAGUUUGCCUCUAAAAGGCUUCUGGCAUCUAUCUUUUCCAUGCUCCUGUUGUGAACGAUCUUCAGUUCUGCCAGUGUAUUCCUGGGACAUUUGAGAUUGAGUCGACAUCAGACAGACAAUGUUACGUGAUUUUAAAGAGAAGUAGCCUAACUACCCUUACCUCACCUCUCCACACACACAUACACACACUCCUGCUCUUCCCAUUCUGGCCCUCUAUAAGAUCUCAUUACAUAUCCUGCUCCCAAGGCAAAAGAGCAGUGUGCCUUAUUUAACCGAGUUGCUAUGCAGAAAUCCUUCCCAGUGGUUUAUUUCCCAAUGGCCUUUAGAUUGUCUUUGUAGGAUUAAGCGCGAUUAAAAAAUAUAAAGAAACCAGCUGUGUAGCUAACAGAUAAGCCUUUUGAUUAGUCAGCGCAUUCUAGACAAGCCUGUUGGAACUGUAUGUACUGUGUAGGCAAUUUGGUAGCCAUUUUGUUUCAUCACUGGCCAGUAGCAAAUCUGAAGUGUCAAAUUAACCUUGAAGAGAACAUCCUGCUUCGUCUCCAUGGUGAUUUGUUGAGUCCUUGAUCUCCUGUCACAUCGUAUGGUGAGGUCAUCAACAGCUCGUUGCGCUGGGACAACAAGUAGAAUAGCUUGUUUCCUCAACAGCUCUGUCUAUCUAUCUACGUUUAUUUUCUGCUAUUAUGGACUCUUGUAUCACAACUUUUGAUACAUGCGUGUGUGUAUUUGUCCAUAGUGUAGCCUACCCAAAAGGUAAAAUGUAAUAACAUUGACACAUGCUAAUCUUCAGGGAUAUAAGAGACCUGUUGGUAGGAGACCAGUUCCAGGUCACUAACAGAGCCCCCUGUCUCCUGUGUGUGGUCCCUACGGGCUGUAGGAUGUUCUCGUCUGUGAAGGCCUUCGAGGGGCAGCAGUACUCCACCCUGAAGAGGCAGUGCCUUGCCAGCGGCCUGCUGUUCGAGGACCUGCGCUUCCCCGCAGUGGAUGACACCCUCUUUUACCAGGGCAACAGGAUCGGACGUGUGCACUGGAAGAGACCCCGGGAGCUCUGUGAGGACCCUCACCUGUUUGUGGAUGGGAUCAGUGCGCACGACCUGCACCAGGGCCAGCUGGGAAACUGCUGGUUUGUGGCGGCGUGCUCCAGCCUGGCCUCCAGAGAGUCCCUAUGGUCCAAAGUCAUCCCAGACUGGAAGGAGCAGGAGUGGGACACAGAGACGCCUGAGUCAUAUGCAGGAAUCUUCCACUUCCGCUUCUGGCGCUUUGGCGAGUGGGUGGACGUGGUGAUUGACGACCGGCUGCCCACGGUGGACAACCAGCUGGUCUACUGCCACUCAGAUGACAGUAACGAGUUCUGGAGCGCACUGGUGGAGAAGGCCUAUGCGAAAGUAUACGGCUGCUACGAGGCCCUGGACGGGGGGAAUACGGCGGAUGCACUGGUGGACUUCACAGGGGGUGUGUCGGAGCCUAUGGACCUGCUGGAGGGCCAGAUGGCCACGGACGAGGUGGCCCGCAACCAGCUGUUUGAGAGGGUACUGAAGGUCCACAACCGGGAUGGUCUCAUCAGCUGUUCCAUCCGGGCAACCACUGUGGAGGACAUGGAGGCGCGGCUGGACUGCGGCCUGGUUAAAGGUCACGCAUACGCGGUGACGGAUGUGAAGAAGGUGCGUCUGGGCCAGGGCCUGCUGGCCUUCUUCAAGUCAGAGAAGCUCAACAUGAUCCGCAUGAGGAACCCAUGGGGAGAGAAGGAGUGGAGCGGGCCCUGGAGUGACAGCUCAGAUGAGUGGAAGAAGGUGAGCAAGAGUGAGAGAGAGAAGCUGGGUGUCACCGUGCAGGACGACGGAGAGUUUUGGAUGACAUUUGAUGACUUCUGCCAGUACUUCACAGACCUGAUCCUGUGCCGCCUCAUCAACACCUCCUACCUGAGCAUCCACAAGACCUGGGAGGAGGAGGUGAUGAGGGGCUCAUGGGUCCCCCGCCAAGAUCCCCUGAGGAACCGCUCUGGGGGCUGCAUCAACCACAAGGCUACCUUCCUGCAGAACCCACAGUUUGUGUUUGAUGUGAAGAAGGUAGAGGACGAGGUGUUGAUCGCCCUGCAGCAGAAGGAGAGGAGAGCCACCACCAAAGAGGGCAAAGGAGAUAACCUGGCCAUAGGCUUUGACAUUCACCGGGUGGAACUGAACAGAAAGUACCGCAUGCACACGUCCCAGCAGAAGGUGGCGGGCUCCAUCUACAUCAACUCGCGCUGCGUCUUCCUCAGGAAGGAGCUCAAAGAGGGUCGCUACGUCAUCAUCCCCACGACUUUUGACCCCAGGCAGCAGGGUGACUUCCUGUUGCGGGUCUUCACCGACGUGCCUUCAGACUGCAAAGAGUUGAACCUAGACGAGCCCCCCCAGACGUGUUGGACGGGCAUGUGUGGUUACCCCCAGCUGGUCACCCAGGUCCACGUUCUGAGUGCAGAGGGACUCCAGGGCCAGGACUCUAAUGGGGCCUCUGACCCGUACGUCAUCAUCACCUGUGAGGGGGAGCGGGUGCGCUCACCGGUGCACAAGGACACACGGAGCCCCAACUUCGACGUCAAAGGCCUGUUCUACCGCAAGAAGCCCAAGGAAGGCAUCCACAUUGAGAUCUACAAUAAGAAUGUGAUUGUGGAUACCUUCCUGGGUCAGGUGACCCUGUCCAGUGACCCGAACGACCGGCAGGUGCAGCACACGCUCCACCUGCGCGACAAGGGCAAUCGCCAAGACAACGACCUCCCAGGCACAGUCACCGUGCGCCUCAUCACCUGCACCACACUCAUCAACAUAUGACGUCCCUUCCGUCUCCGCUCUCGCCAUGGAAUGUCGGAGCUUUACCUUUGACCUUUGUCAUCAUGGCAACCCUUUGCCUCCCCCUCCCCUCCCCACCACUAAACCAAGCAUGGCAAUUAACCUGUUAACCCUGGGAUCUAGCUCCACCUGACCCGGGGCUCCCCUAAACAUAUACAGACACAGCUUGGUGUCUUUUUUCUCUUUCUCUCUCUCUCUCUCUCUCUCUCGCUCUCGCUCUCUCCCCCCUCUCUCUCUCUCUCACACACACACACACACACACACACACACACACACACACACACACACACACACACACACACACACACACAGGCCGUGUCUGAAUACCUGUACUUGCAUUCUAAAUGGUAGGCUGAGUAUGCGAAAAUAGAAAGUUUCAUAGUAUUUGACAAACAGUAUGCUUUAAAACUUAGUGUGCUUUAAUUGCCAGGAUGCCAUACUGAUUUCAUUUGUUCAUCUAGUAUAAUUUGCUGCACACUAUUGAGGCAGAGAAGCAUAAUUUCAGACCCACGUGUGAUUGACAACAGCUGAUAAUAAUCUAUUCAUCAGAAAAGAGGACGGGCUGUACCAAAAUGAACGAAUAGCGGGAACUAACUGAUUAGAUGACGCAUUCUCAGUGUGGGUGAGUCUAGUAUGCUGAUAUGUUCCUUACUGCAUACAUAUACUAAACAGUACAUUCUUAAUAGUAUGUAGCAUGAUUAGCACACAGUAUUUAGUUUUAGUAAGUAGUAGACAAGACAGAUUUCAGAAACAACCACACACUCCUAUCUCUCUACAUGCCUUUAACUCCCCCACACACACAUACCUUUUAACAUGCGCCUGCACUCCCCAGUGUCACUAAGGGCUAUGCAUCGCCUUAAGACUGAGUGGGUCUCUUUAGGACCCUGUGUCUUUUUAGGACCAGCCAUAUGUCGGGUGGGAGGGGGGUCAUGGUAUUGGGUGGUAUACUGGGACCCCUCUAUCCAUCCUAUUCGCUGAGUGUUUUUUACUCUGUCUCUUGACUGAUGUCGCAGCCCCAUUGUCGUCCCAGAAAGACCAUAUUAUCAGCCGUUACUGUUUCUUCCAUCAGUGACUGGGUGUCAUUUGGGAUGCAACCUCUGUCUAUCAUCCACUUUCUAUAGUCCCCACAAAACAAGCCAACUACCAAGAAAGUGACGCCAAAAGCACCGAUGACCUCCCGUGGGGGGCUGCUGGUGUUUAUGUGAGUGUAGCCUUGCCUCCUCCCCCUUCCAUCCCAUCCAUCCCCCUUUCCUCCUCCCACUCCCCUCGGACUACGCUUCUGCCGGUUGCCAUGGACGAUAUCGAGUUUAGCAUGGCUAAAAAAGACUGCCUGCAUUGCGCAUCCCCCAUCCCCCUUUAUACACACACACACACACACACACACACACACACACACACACACACACACACACACACACACACACACACACACACACACACACACACACACACACACACACACACACACACACACACACACACACACACACACACACACACACACGUAGCUUAGCUGUGGAGCUCCGCCUGCCAUAAUCAAGUGCUUUACGGGACCAAAGACAGAUCAGGCUUUCCCUUCUCUCUCUCUCUCUUGCCGGCGCCAGUCGCCACUGUGCCACGUCAAUCGGUCUUCUCUAUGGCAACGCCACUGCCUGACACUUCCUGAGUCCAGGGACUCCUGUCAUGUGACCUGGGCUUUCGACUUGUGGGCCUUUGAAUCAUGUGACCCAAGAAACAGUAGCUGUUGUCCCUCUGUCUGCGUAAAUCAGUUGUGUGUGUGUGUGGAGGGGUGAGUGUGGGUUGGGUGUGCAUGCUUGCGAACAUACAUUUAUACAUGUGUUAUGUCUGUGCCUUUGGACACAUCAUGCACCUCGCUUAGUUCUGACGGGCUCACGGGCUUGGCUGGAUAUAGGGAUGAGUGGAAGAAGAGAGAGAGCGAAGGACGGAGAGAAGAGCGGGAGGAAAUCCGUCUGUCGACUCCUGCCAAAAACAACCUGUGCCAUAGCCUUGGUCCUGGCUCUGACUCUGUUAUGAUUCUAUACUGUUCCAGAAAGAAACACAGACAUUUUGGAUUAGCAUCACUGUAAACUCAGUGCUAUUUGAAAUGGUAGUUUGAAAAGUGUGGCUUUUUGUCUUGCCAAGACUGAGAGAGUCUAUGUCUUCAUACAGAACCAUCACUGGUACAAACAGUUAGCAUAUCUUCUCAUGUAGGUCAUGUCGCACUCUUUUGACCUGCUUUCCACAGGCUAAUUAUCUCAAUCUUUGACAGUGGCAAGCGUUGGAGAUAAAAGAGAUGCAAGCCCCAUACGCUAUGUUGUCAUGUUGAGUAUCUUUUCAAAAGUGUUAUAUGAUUUCAGAGACUUUUGGGGAGCAGGAUCUGAUAGUAUGUCUGUGUACGUCUUUUUAAAAUAAUUUAUUGUUUACAGCAUCGUCGAGAGGAUCAGUCAAGAAGCAACGACAGAUCCUACAUCAGUUUGAAUCAUUCCCAAGACAUUUCUUUUUUGAAUGUAAUGCGGAGAGCAUCGACCAAUCUCUCUGUUUAUCAAACCAUCAAGCCCUUUUACUUGUUUACUUGUGUUUUUUCCAGGGCCUUUUUUUCAUUACUUGAACAACAAUGGCAUUUGUACAUUUUUUAAAACUUUUAUUGUCACAUUUGUUUAAUUAUACUGAACAAAAAUAUAAACGCAAAAUGCAAUAAUUUCAACGAUUUUACUGAGUUACAGUUCAUAUAAGGAAAUCAGUCAACUUAAAUCAUUGGAGGCUGGUGGAGGGAGCUAUACGAGGACGGACACAUUGAAAUGGAAUGAAUGAAAUGGAGUCAAACAUGUGGUUUCCAUAUGUUUGAUGUGUUUGAUACCGUUCCAUUUAUUCUAUAGGAGCCCGUCCUCCUAUAGCUCCUCCCACCAGCCUCCACUAAUUUAAAUACAUUAAUUAGGCCCUAAUCUAUGAAGUUCACAUCUUUGCAGGGACGCAGCCAUUGGUGCGCCUGGGAGGGCAUAGGCCCAUCCACUUAGGAGCCAGGCCCACCCACUGGGGAGUCCACAAAAGGGCUUUAUUACAGACAGAAAUACUCCUCAGUUUCAUCAGCUGUCUGGGUGACUGGUCUUAGACGAUCUCGCAGGUGAAGAAGCCAGAUGUGGAGGUCCUGGGCUGGUGUACACGUGUGGUUGUGUUGCAGGUUGGACGUACUGCCAAAUUCUCUAAAACGAUAUUGGAGGAGGCUUAUGGUUGAGAAAUUAACAUUAAAUUCUCUGGCAACAUCUCUAGGGAACAUUCCUGCAGUCAGCAUACCAAUUGUACGCUCCCUUAAAACUUGAGACAUCUGUGGCAUUGUGUUGUGUGACAAAACUUCACAUUUUAGAGUGGCCUUUUAUUGUCCCAAGCACAAGUUUCACCUGUGUAAUGAUCAUGCUGUUUAAUCAGCUUCUUGAUAUGCCACACCUGUCAAGUGGAUGGAUUAUCUGGGCAAAGGAGAAAUGCUCACUAACAGGGAUGUAAACAAAUUUGUGCACACAAUUUGAGAGAAAUAAGCUUGGAACAUUUCUGGGAUCUUUUAUUUCAGCUCAUGAAACAUGGGAGCAACACUUUACAGGUUACGUUUAUAUUUUUAUUCAGUAUAAUGAAUGUGUCUUAGAUUGUUUUUAAUCAUAUGUCCAUGUCCUUGUAUUGUUCUUCUAUUGUUACUAUUCUAUACUAUUCUAUACUAUUCUAUACUUCUUUAUUCUUUCUUUCUUCAAUGUGGGAAACAAACGGUAUUGUAAGAAUCAGCAUGUUUACACUAUUGCACAUCAUAUCAGAAUCAUAUCAAGAGGUUUGAAAUGGUCCCUUUACAGGUACGAAUCAGUGACACCCACCAUUCAUGAUGAUAUAAGCUUUUAGUAUUAAUGAUCAUUUGUAAGUUGAAAUGACGAAAGCGCUAUUUAAAUGCUGUGUGACAUAUGUCCUUCUAUUGUGUUGAGUUGCAGACUAAGGCAGAUAGACAGGUGGUUGUUUAAAAAACAUUGGGUAGUGGUAUGAUAGAUGGUUUUCGCUAAUGGUUUAAUUCAAUUUGACAGGUAUAAUACUUUAUUACUUGUUAUAAGCGCUAUGAAUCUUUUAGUUUAUAAUUUCUUGUUAUAUAAGGCUUAAAAUAGAUUAUGUCUCUAUGAAGGACAUUUUCAAGUUACUCAUAUUGACUGUAAUUUAUUCAGGAUCAUUUUGACAUGAUAAUAACAAGACAUUAUAGAUGCUUAUGACAAGUGUUACAAUGCAUUAUAACCAUGUUAUAAAGCAUGACGAGGCUGUAUGGAAGUUGAAUUUCUUAUUGUUUCCCUCAAAGUUUGGCUUUAUUGUUAGCAUCAAUCAAUAGAUAAUCAAUUUUAAUGAAAUCACAAUCCAUUUCUUAACUCAUGAAACCAAACACCCCUUAGUUUUAGGCUAAAAAUAAAAAUUCCCUCAUGGGUGUGGGAGUGGUGUGCUCCUCUCGGUCUGAUGAGGUCAUUUCUGGGCAAUAUUUCUUCCAUUUAGGGGACGCUUUUUGACUCAAGAUCCCCCCUAGAGGUCAACGUUCUGUACAGCCUCUUUAAGUAAUGUGUUACAGAGAGUCUAAUGCUAUGGACGGUAUAUCAUGGUAGAGAGAGGUAGAGGUAACAGUGAUCAUGGUAGAGAGAGGUAGAGGUAACAGUGAUAAAGUGCCAUAGAGCAGAUGCAGGUGUGGCAGAGUUAAAAGACAUUGUGCCAAGCCAAGUAGAUUAGUCUUUCAUGGUAGGGGAAGGAGAGGUUUUCGUGCCAAAAGGGGAAUGGUUAGUUGGCUGUUGCCACGAUGUGGCAACGUGUGCCCAUUCAGCCAGACUGGCACUCGGUUCUACUCAAAUCAGGGGCACCAGUGGUGGGCAAGUUGGCAGCAGCAGCCAUUUUGGUUAUUUAUAAAACUCAGUUUCACAACAUUGUUGUGCACCCCACAUACAAACAAUGUCUGAAGUUGGCUAAUUAACCCAAGUCCCUAUCAGCAGCUAAUGCUGUAUUGCAAGUUCUGUUCUGACCAUAUCUGAACCAUUAUAGGCCCCAGGACCAAGGGGUUGUAUCACAUAGGGUAGACCAUUGCUGGUCUUUUUAACUCAUGUGAAGUAUGUGCCGCAUAUGUGCCAAAAUAGAACUGAGGAAAAAGACUGUUGUACUGUAGAGAUGUGUUUUGUUGCUUAGAGUUCUACUGUAAAUGAACUUUGUUUGCUACACUGGUGGACGUACAUGUAGCUAGUUCAACAUUGUGAGAAUUUUCAGACCUUUUACUUUCCAAUAUGCUUUAUUUUGUGUCUUUGACAAAAAUGUAUGAUGUUUGUGAUCUCAUUGCAUUCUUAUCAUUUGCCAAAAGCAACAGUCACUCAAGGUACAAUUGGUUUACCCUGGGUGGGCGGAGUGUCAAUUCACUGAUCUGGUUGCCUGGUUAGCAUUGUUGUAUGGGUUUUCUGAUGGCCAAAUGUUUUAAGUACAAAAAACACAUCAGAACAUUCAGAACUUUGGCCAAUUUUAUAUCAAGCCAAUAACACCGACGCAUGUAGCAAACGACUUCAAAUCAGCUCGCACAGUUUGAUUUUCAAAGAUAAUAUAUUUUUUAUUCAAAGUGUUGUAAACAUUGUUACUACUUUGAUGCAGCUUAUGUUGCAUAAUUGUAUGUAUUUGACAGAUUCUGACCAUUUGAAUUCAGCAUUCUGAACAGUAUGUACUGUAUAUGAAAGUGGCAGCAACCAAAGUGUUUGUCCACUACUGUGACAGAUGUAGAUAGGGUGUUCGUGUUCGUCACAAUAUAUCACCGAACCCAAUGACAAUAUCCCUAUUGGAAGAGAUUGUUAGGCACAUGUUAAGGAUAGGAUCAUUACACUACUCCUUCCAUUUCAGAAAACAUGUCCCCUUCUGCACUAUCACAAGGUCUGCGUCUUACAGGACAACGUUUCGAAGGCCACGAGCACUAUCCCACUUCUGACACCAGUUUGAUAAACUUGGAAGUAGUGCUAAGUCCCUAGCAGGCUAUAAACUCUGUAAACUCUGAGUUUAAAGACAAGCACCCAAUCCACAAUCACAAUAGGGAUAUCCCAGUUGGGAGGGAUUGUACAAUAUAUUCCAGACAUUUAUUUCAGAGGUAAGAGCAUAAUAGUUGAGAGACAUUUAAGGCAAUAUUCCGUGACAAUACUUGUAAGAUGGAUACUUAUCUAGUUACGUUUUUAAACAAACAACGUUUCAUCAUUGUUGGACAUGGACAACCUGAAAAAUGUGAGGAAUACCGAAAACAUAUGAUUGCAGAGUCUUUGUGUGUUCACAAUUUAUUUUGAUUUUGUGUUUUUAUUAAAGCCUGUGUAAUGGCAAAACAGUACUUUAUAUGUUUCAGUUGAACACAUACGUCAACAUGGUGCAAUGAUUUACAUAGGUUAGCUCGUUUAGCUAGCCUUGGAGCUGCCUUGAGCUCGUUUGCCUGCAUACUGCUGCAUGUUAAGGAUAUUGGUCAUGAAACUUCAUUAACGGUUGUGCCAGGUGUUACAUCAUCUUUACGAUAGCAUAAUGUAUACUGUAUGACAUUGCUGACUCAAAUUUACCAAGACAAGUGACACCUGUGUUCUUAUCAUUGGCGGCCAUGUUUUCCAAUAUGGAGUCUGAUGCGUUUGACAAAUGAGCUUGUGAUUCUCUUGUACUUUUCUGCUAAUGUAUAUUAAUUUGAGACUAGAAUAUACUGCAUGGUGAAACUUAUAGAAGAUACUAUGGUCUUUAUAACAAGUGUCUUUUAUUAUCAAUAUUUUGUACUCUUGCUAAUUUUAUAUAUCCACUUAACCUUGUGUUCUCUAGGCUUAUAUGUUUACUAAUAGCUAGACAUCGAAAGGCUGUAUCUUAUGUACUGUAUGCUUGUCUGUGUGUCUUUUUUUGUUACCGUAUGCGUUUGUUCGAUUUGAUUCUCAGUUACACUGUGGUUAUUUUAUAGUUAUUUUACAGUGAUCUGGAAAUGAUUUAUUUUCAUUUUGUAUUUUAUGUCAACUUGUGGCAUGACUUUCAAAUAAAAGAUGAAACCUUA